UCAUAUCUUUCACCUGGAUUCACCUGGUCAGUCUGUGUSAUGGAAAGAGCAGGUGUUCUUAAUGUUUUGUCCACUCGGUGUAGGUAAUGGCGUGCCAUUUGGAAUGUGGCCUCUGUUGACGGCAUCAGAAUAUACAGGGAUUUCCUCAGGGAUUAAUGCCCAGGGUGGAAGUUACAGUCCCCAUUGUUAACCAAAUGCUUUUCUUUUUCACGUUGAGAGCUGAGUCUCCUAGCAACGUGGGAAACAUUGGACACUAAAUCAGAGUCUGAAGACUGAGGAGAGGCUAAUGUGKACAUUCUGAGAUCAUCAUGUCGGUCUUUAACAGCCCAGAUCCCUGUGGUGAAAAGAAACUAUCUGACAGGAACACGGGUCAUCAUGACGAUCACGUUAUCCCGCGCACGGCUGACGUCUCCAACGCGGCCACUAGGGGCAGUCCACGCUUUGGAGCGUUGAGUCACCACUCCUUCUUCUCCAGACACAACCCUCACCCACACAGAGUCACACACAUGCAAGGUCUAAAUGGGAUUCCAGUAUGCAUGGUGAAUGACGACUGGUACGUGACCACCUCUCUGUUCCCCCAUCCGCUCAUCAAGAGUCAGGUAUUCAGGACAAGUACAGGAGCACCUUUCUCCAUGCCUGCAGGACACAGCGUGUUCGGAGGCAGAUACAGCACCGGACACAGAACAGCUCUGUUAUCAGAAGCCUGGAAAGAGGAGUUGAAAGAUCUGUCUGCAAAGGUCAGCCUUUCUACUCAGGACAGAAAAGAUGAGAAUGAAGAGGAGGGUCUAGGACUGGUCCGGAGAAAGACCCAGUACUCUGCCCAGACCGGGAGGAUCAUUCCUCCCUCCUCUCAGGCGUAUCAGCGUAGCCACCAGCCUCAGACCCACCGUCACCCCCCUGCUCCGGUUCUACAUCAGCAGGAACUGAUGGUGCUGGAGCUGCUGUGUCAAAUCCUUCAGACUGACUCCUUAUCAUUGGUCCAGCAGUGGCUGCUGCUCGCGGGCCAGAGGGAGAAGGACAUGGUGAUGGGGUUGAUUCAGUGA